AUGGAGAGGGGGCCGGCGGGGACGAUGGGGCCGCUGAGUGACGUGCCGGCGAUGCUCGACGGCGACCGGUACGAGCUGGUCCGCAGCAUCGGGUCCGGCAACUUCGGCGUCGCCCGCCUCAUGCGCAACCGCGCCUCCGGCGAGCUCGUCGCCGUCAAGUACAUCGACCGCGGCGAGAAGAUCGAUGAGAACGUGCAGAGGGAGAUCAUCAACCACAGGUCGCUGCGGCACCCCAACAUCAUCCGCUUCAAGGAGGUGAGUAUACGAUCGGCGAUACAAUCGCCUUCGCUUGCAGUAUCGAUUCUUCGAUGGUUAUGUGGACUGUGGUGGAAUGAUGCAAUGAACAAACUCUGUCUUCAGGUUAUUCUGACGCCGACGCAUCUCGCCAUCGUCAUGGAGUACGCCUCCGGCGGGGAGCUCUUCGAGCGCAUCUGCACCGCCGGUCGAUUCAGCGUCGACGAGGCUCGGUUCUUUUUCCAGCAGCUGAUAUCUGGAGUCAGCUACUGCCACUCCAUGCAAGUAUGCCAUCGUGACUUAAAGCUCGAGAACACUCUGCUGGAUGGAAGCACCACUCCUCGCCUCAAGAUAUGCGACUUUGGUUAUUCGAAGUCAUCGGUUCUUCACUCUCAACCAAAGUCAACUGUUGGAACUCCGGCAUAUAUUGCCCCUGAAGUUCUGCUCAAGAAAGAAUAUGAUGGCAAGAUUGCCGAUGUGUGGUCAUGUGGGGUAACCCUUUACGUGAUGUUGGUCGGUGCCUACCCUUUCGAGGAUCCGGAAAAUCCCAAGAAUUUCAAAAUGACAAUUCAGAAAAUAUUAGGUGUUCAGUACUCGAUUCCGGACUAUAUUCACAUACCUAUGGACUGCCGAAACCUUCUCUCAAGGAUCUUUGUUGCCAACCCAGCUACGAGGAUCACCAUACCUGAGAUAAAGAACCACCCAUGGUUCCUCAAGAACCUCCCAGCUGACCUCAUGGACGGUCCCACAGCGAGCAACCAGUAUGAGGAGCCUGACCAGCCGAUGCAGAACAUGAACGAGAUCAUGCAGAUAAUGGCAGAGGCGACCAUACCGGCGGCCGGCGCCCUCGGAAUCAAUAAGUUCCUGCCUGACGGCCUUGACCUCGACGACGACAUGGAUGAUCUGGACUCGGACCUCGAUAUCGACAUGGACAGCAGUGGGGAGAUAGUAUACGCUAUGUAG